AUGACAUCCACCAUCCCAAUCACCAUCCCAUCCCCAUCCACAUCCACAUCCCCACCCACCACCGAACACAAGAUCCUCGGCCAUCGCCUCAAAAACAAAGUCGCAAUCGUCACAGGCGGCGGAUCCGGCUUCGGCGAAGGCAUCGCGCGACGCUUCGCAGAAGAAGGAUGCAAAGUCACCAUUGCAGAUAUGGAUUCGGUGGGGGGUGAACGCGUGGCUAGUGUGCAUCCGAGAAGUAUGUUGUUUGUCAGAAUGAAUGUUACGUGUGAGGAGGAUUGGGAGAGGGUGUUGGAGACGACGUUGGCGAAGUGGGGGAGGGUUGAUGUUUGUGUUAAUAAUGCGGGGACUAGUUAUAGGAAUAAGCCAACUCUAGAUGUUAUCGAAGAUGAAUUCGACAAGGUCUUUAAUGUCAAUGUCAAAUCUAUCUUCUACGCAACAAGACACUUUAUUCCGAAUCUUAUCAAUCAGGGCGAAGGUGGUUCUAUGAUUAACAUCGCAUCCAUUGGAGCUACUCGUCCUCGUCCAGGUCUUGUUUGGUAUAAUGCUAGUAAAGCUGCUGUGAACAAUGCCACCAAAGGACUCGCAGCGGAAUUUGGAUCCAAAAAUAUUCGAAUCAAUUCUAUCUGUCCUCUUCUGGCAGGAACUGGCCUCUUCUCGACCUUCACGGGUAUGGAUGAUACACCGGAGAAUAGAGAUAAGUUCCUUUUUAAUGUGCCGCUGGGUCGUCUUUGUACCCCGGAGGAUGUGGCGAAUUAUUGUUUGUUUUUGGCGAGUGAUGAGGCGAGGUUUAUUACGGGCACGUGUUUGGAGGUUGAUGGGGGGAGGGGGGUUUGA